AUGCCACCUCGAAAGAGCCCUCUGGAGGGCUCAGUAAUAGAUCCGAAAUCACGAAAGUUGACUGAUUUCUGGGGACGACGGGAUUCAGAUUAUGAUGCAGCGACCUCGGGUUCCCCACUUCGAAGCGCGAGUUCAUCAAUACCAAACGCAGCGGGAAGUUUUCAUGCGAUUUCCCCUAAUAUCGCUAGUGGUACGCCUUCAAAGACUUUUGGUUCCUCCCCAAGACCUUCUCAGUCUCCUCGAAAAUAUAUUCCCGAGGAAGACGAGGAAGAGGGAGCUGGUAGUUUUGGAGAAGUCAUGCUCCUCUCUCGGAAACGUGCUCGAGAGUCAACUCCCAGCCGCGCAAUCUCGCUCACGCCAGGGUCAUCCUUGAGGCAGGCGAGUUUAGAUAUGUCGAAUCGUUCUAUCAACGAGAGAGCACAUUCUCCACCAAAGAAACGACGCGCAACAGAUACUAUUGUCUUGCCAAUUAUAGAAACCGAAGAGACAUUCUCCAGCGUCGACUGGCACCAGCCAAACUCUCAGCUUACUUCGAUGCGCACAAAGGGAACUAGUAUCUCUUCAGUGGAAGAGAUGCUGAGUAAACCACCGAGUGAGGGAACAGUGCCAGGCUCAGACACAGAUGGCAUGGACAUCUCCUCGGGCAACCAUAGCGAUGCUCAUAUGACAUCAGCGUCAUCCGACUCUUCUUUAAUGUCGGACGAAGACACUUCCAAGCAUGCGAGUACCGCCGACAUCUCACGACUGGAGGAAAUUCGAAGAAAGGCACAAGAACGGUUUCAAGCAAAAUCUAUAAGAGGAUCGGUUCCUGUUCAAGUCUCUAGCUUUAUGGACGACUCUGAUGAAGAUGAGGAUGAGUUGGAGAAGAUGGUCGAAAAGGUCCCAAAAAAGCCCCCAAAGAAACCCCAAUCGACAAGAAAGAGCGAUACUAAAAGUAAUCCUGAGCCCGUUGACGGGAGCUCUCUUCCCAUUUCAGUAGGCAAGCAGGAGAGACAAGUUCCGCGUCGGAAUCCUGUUCGGACAUCAAGGGCGAAUUCGGUGCAACCACCAGAAAGUUCCCCAGCACGAAAGACGAGAGCCACAUCCGUGCAGAGAACAGUUGCGCCAACGAGCAAAACUACCAAGAAUGACAAGAAAAAGUCAACGAAAGGUCCAGUAAUCAACUCAUCGACUCUUCCCCCCACAUCAAUGCCUUCUAGCCUGGCGAGCCUUCUCUCCGAUCAGCCAAGGUCGAAGCAAAGACUUUCCGAUCCAGCCCGUCAGCGUUUACUGCAAUCUGUGGAGCAUAAUAUCAGUGAUCUGGGAGGCCCACCGGGAGAGGAGGCUGAAGAUGAGGCGGUCAAAGAAACACGGGAAGUCGAUCACUCUGUCACCCAGAUGGCGCUGGGUGAAGAGGAAGCACGGAAAAUACAACUGCUAUUUGCGCGCGACAAAGCAGCGGCAUUGAGCUCGCAAUGCGGCCGACCGUUCUGGCACCAACAGUUGGCUGAGGAAGGACAAGGUAUGGAAAUGACAUUUGGACCCCCCAAACUCGCCCUUCCAGAGCACCUGGCUUUGCCUUUGGUCAAUGCUGCUGCCUCGCAUGAUAUCGAGAGUCUUUACAUCCUCAUUUGUAGUGGAUUUGCUUCCUCACUUUCCUCCAAGUCGACGGGAGUUCUUCCAUGGUUGUUCAUGACAGGUUGUCAUCCUCGAUGCCCAAGCAAACUUGCUGUAGCUUGUCUUUCAGCGAUCCGGAUCGGAUUGGCCAAGCUCCCUCCCACCACCAGCCAAUUACCCAUAACAUUUAUGCAUAUUAUUUCCUGCAUCACUGCCUUGGGACCUCUUGCCGAAUCGUUGACUCCCUUUGGUGCCUCGACUAUGGACAUCGACCCUCCUUCGACUGUGGUGCGCAACCAAGUGAUUGCCCGCAUCAUGAUAGUGAUACAAUGCAUCGCCCGUCAUUCAUUACCGCUGCCUGACCCAGACAAAUUAAUACUACUACUCCUUCUUCUUCAUUUGGAUCCGUUCACUUCUGAGGAGCUCAGAAGAGACAUAGCCUCUACUGUUGAUGUCGUGCUCGCCUCCAUCCAAUCCCAGGGGUCGUACCCAGACUCUCUGGAAUUAGACGUCUGUAAAGUCGUGGUCAGGACUGUGGGCGGGUUUACUCUCCCAGAGCAGCAUCAAGUCAUGCAUUGCUUGUUUGGUGGCCAACCGUCUGGGCGACGGUUCAUGAGAUGGGUGGCACUGGGACUCCUUUUGCCAUCACGGAUUGUUAAUGUGGAUUGGAGUCAAUACACACAACCGCCUCCACUUGCUGAGCUAGCCACUUUCACCGACACGACUCUCAGCACGAAUUCUCCGUUUCGUGUCUGGUCCGAAACCGAUUAUGACGACUUGUUCUAUCGAGUUGAGCUGCUGGGCGCGAUCUUGACGGACGUUCAACAGUAUGAGACGUGCGCAGAGAGCCUUGAACACAUCCUGACGAACCUGGGCAACAUUCAUGGUCGUAUUGCCUCGCAUUUCGGGUCCAUGAGCCUCACCAGGCAAGAUGUGGACGAGGAUAGAGACUAUACCGAUGGAGCAACUGCACAAGAAAUUCAAAGUGCAAUACGUGAGACACCGCGCGGACGGGCCGACUCGCAAGUGGCAAGCAGCUAUCAGCCGCGGCGGUCCAUGAGCUCGUUUCGCGGCGAAGACGACGCAGAAGGAUCUAUAUUUGACGGUCCUGGCUCUGUCACUAUCCCCAGCAGCGUCACGGGCCUCAGGUCGGCCAGAGCGCGCGGGUUCGGUUCGCGUAGAGGCAGUCGUGUGUAUGAUGCGAGUCCCAUGGAUCCCGACGGACGCUCGUCGAUAAACCGUCUAAGUAGACAAAACACUGCUCUGAGCGCGGGCACCGACGCGAUAGCUGACUCUGAUGAUGACGGUGGCUCACCGCGUCGAGAUAGACGUGUGAAAAGGCGAAAAUCGACAGCGACGACCGAAAAUGCUCCAGAAGCAGACGAUGAACAACCACGAAGGACGUCCAUGUUUGGCGGCAUCGCCAGCUUUUUUGGACGCCGAGAAUCGCCUUCUCGCAUUUCAAACGCAAGUCGCUCCAGGGCAAGCAGCAUCAAUUAUGCCGAAAGCCCAACUGAGGAGGAUGAUAGAUGGGGGUACCACUCGUCUGAAGAGGAUGAGUCGUCACAAGAGGACGCAGAGUCUACCCAUGGAAGUCUGUACCCGGCCAGUAGCCGAGGCAGCCAUUCGCGACCUGGGACGCCAAUGAAUGCCUUUCCUGGGCUAGGUAGAGAUCCAUUCUUUGGUGACACCAGAAUUGACAUGGAUGAUGCGUCUACUGUCGAAUCCAUUCCGCCGUCACCGGGUCCUCCAAUGUAUCAGGAUGUCUAUCUGUCAGACGAGGAUCUUCAACUGCGACUUGUCGGCUACCGUACUAUUCGCUGGCGCAAGAUUCUAUGGGAAAUCACGGCAGUUUGCUCCCUCGGGCUUCUGGGCCUGUUAGGACAUUGGUUCCCAGAGUUAUGGCUGCGCUUUGUGGCGGUAAAGUGCGCCUUUGCCCACAAAGAUACCGACCUUGUUGUAGUAGAGCACGUAUCAAAAGACAUUAUAAUCUGCAACAUAGCGACACUACCAUAUCCCUAUUCAUAUUCCAGUACUUUUCCGGACCCAUCCCAAGGAAACACCCUACCUCCUUCGUCCUCGGCUGGCACCAAGGCGUCUUCGGUUAUUAAACUAGCCGCUAUAAUUCCUAACUCGGCGAAUGGCUCGGUCACACCUCAAGAUACGUUGGAAGAACUCCGUGUAUUUGAGUUCAGAUAUAGUCGAUAUAUUCUCGACCCUCGGACGGGCCUAUGGUACAUGAUCAGGGACUGGCGUGAAAAGACGACCAAUACAAUCUUUGAAGCACAAAAAGGUCUCGAAACUAGUGAUAGGCAUCAACGUCAACUGCUGUUUGGCUCGAAUCUCAUAGAUAUCAAAGGAAAGUCGAUACUAAGUCUCCUGAUUGAAGAAGUCAUCCAUCCUUUUUACGUAUUCCAAAUUGCAAGCAUCAUUCUAUGGUCCAUCGAUGACUACUACUAUUACGCAUUCUGCAUCGCUCUCAUAUCUGCAUUCAGUAUUAUCAAUACGCUCAUCGAAACUCGCACAAACAUUACUCGGAUGCGUGAAAUGGCUCGAUUCUCCUGUCAGGUCAAGCUUAUCACAAAGAUGGACACCUCCAUAGUAGAUUCAAGCACACUCGUUCCGGGUGACAUCGUUGACCUCACAGAUCCCCCACUCUCCAUAUUCCCUUGUGAUAUCAUCCUCCUGACUGGAGACGCUAUCGUCAACGAGAGUAUGCUCACAGGCGAGAGUGUUCCUAUCAGUAAAGGCCCAAUUAAGGGAGAGGAUCUCACACGAUGGAGGCAAACGGGAGAGGUGUCCUCGGAGAUUGCAAAGAGCAUGCUGUACUCGGGGACCAAAGUAGUUCGUAUCCGAGGUCCUGCGCACGGGUUUGUCGACGCCCCAGCAAUGGGUUAUGUUGUUCGGACUGGGUUCAACACGACAAAGGGGGCUUUGGUCCGCUCGAUGCUCUUCCCCAAGCCUAUUGGCUUCAAAUUCUAUCGGGACUCCAUGCGGUUUAUCGGUGUACUUGCGGGCAUCGCAAUACUUGGUUUCAUGGUUAGCGCCGUGCAGUUUGUGCGACUAGGGGUUCCAUGGCACACCAUUGUUCUUCGUGCUCUCGAUCUUAUCACCGUGGUCGUUCCUCCUGCCCUCCCUGCAACAUUAUCGAUCGGUACAAGCUUUGCUAUCAGUCGACUUCGGGCAUUGGGUAUAUUCUGCAUAUCUCCAACGCGUGUCAACGUGGGCGGAAAGGUCAACGUUGUAUGUUUCGACAAGACGGGUACCUUGACUGAAGAUGGUUUGGACAUUCUCGGCGUCUGCGCUCUCGAAAGGGACGGACAGCGAUUCCGGGAGAUUGCAGAGGACGUUUUGGACAUACCUCAAUCCUCGGACAAGGCAAAUAUUCUGCAUGCAAUGGCUACCUGUCAUUCGCUCAAAGUUGUCGAUGGUGAUGUUUUGGGUGAUCCAUUGGACGUCAAGAUGUGGAAUUUCACUCAAUGGACGAUCGAGGAGAAUACGACCAUUGUGCCUAUCAAGAAAGGAGCAAACGCGGAAGGAACGUCUCAACAGACAGCUCCUUUGGUGCAAAAUAUAGUUCGACCUCCUGGAACGCGUCGAUUCACCUUGGACGAUGCACUCAAGGGUGACAAGCACGCUCAUUUCCUCGAGUUGGGUGUUAUCAGGACUUUCGAGUUUGUGUCUGGUCUGCGGAGGAUGACAGUAAUCACCAAACGGCUGAAGUCUAAGAGUAUGGAGGUCUAUCUCAAAGGCGCCCCGGAAAUCUUGGCAGAUGUCUGCGAGCCAGGGUCUUUUCCUGCUGACUAUGAUGACCUGUUGUCAUAUUACACGAGGAAUGGAUAUCGUGUGAUCGGACUCGCCGGAAAGUCUGUCGACGGACUUUCAUGGCUCAAGGCGCAACGCCUGAAGCGAGAACAAGUCGAAAGCGGACUCAGGUUCCUUGGUCUCCUUAUCUUCGAGAACAAACUCAAACCUGGAACUACACCUGCCAUCGCCACCUUGCGUCAGGCGUCUCUCGGUUGUCGAAUGGUCACCGGAGAUAACCCACGAACAGCUGUCAGCGUGGCACGCGAGUGCAAGCUCAUCAAUUCGACGGCCUUUGUCUUUUACCCAUCCUUUACCGAGGGAGAUGCGACCAACCCUCGUGCCAUCCUAGAGUGGCGGGGUGUCGAUGACGAGUCUCUUCGCUUGGAUCCAUACAGUCUCCGACCUUUGCCGCCGCCACCCCACGUCGUUGAUGAGGAGAGAAUCUACAAAGACUACGACUUGGCAAUUACAGGCGAGAUCUUCCGUUGGAUGAUUGAUUAUGCGCCCUUGGAGACGCUGCAGCAGAUGCUCUAUAAAACUCAUGUGUUUGCUCGAAUGUCCCCAGACGAGAAGCACGAGCUGGUGGAAAGACUACAAUCGAUCGGAUACACGGUUGGCUUUUGCGGUGAUGGUGCCAAUGAUUGUGGUGCCCUCAAAGCGGCUGAUGUUGGAAUAUCGCUCUCUGAAGCAGAAGCUAGCAUCGCGGCUCCGUUUACGAGCAAGACACCAGAUAUCGGGUGCGUCAUUGAAGUUAUCAGAGAGGGCCGGGCCGCCCUUGUGACCAGCUUUUCGUGCUUUAAAUAUAUGGCUUUAUAUUCUUUAAUCCAAUUCACGACCAUCACAUUCCUGUAUUCCUUCGCAUCGUCGCUCGGAGACUUUCAGUUCCUGUAUAUCGACCUCUUUAUCAUCAUUCCCAUCGCAGUUGCCAUGGGCCGGACUCUCCCAUACGACCGCAUACACACAGCGCGACCGACAUCCAGCCUAGUUUCACGCAAAGUCUUGUCGAGUAUCAUCGGUCAAAUCAUCAUCACCAGCGCCGCCCAGGCAUGGGUCUUCUUCUGGGUCCGCACACAGCCGUGGUAUAAGCUUCCGUUGCCUCCCAAACCAGGGGAAGGGCUGGAGACCAACAACUAUGAGAACACGGUUCUAUUCUUGGUCUCUUGUUUCCAGUACAUUCUGGUUGCCGCGGUCUUCUCGAUUGGGCCACCCUAUCGCAAACCCAUGUGGACCAACGGCUGGCUUGUGGCCAGUAUGGUGAUACUAUCUAUGUUCAGUGCAUGGGUCCUCCUUACUCCCUCCAUCUCGGUCGCGCUCAUUUUAAAUUUGAUGAGCCUCCCAUGGUCCGCUCGUCUUGCGCUCGCCGUUGUCGUUGUGAUCAACGUGACUGCGUCGUUUGCGUUUGAAAACUGGCUCGUGGAAUCGAUCGCGACGACUGUCAAGGUGCUCAUGAGAGCGUCGGGAAGGCGGAGACGACGCGAAGGACGAAUCUACGAGGCUGUUGGAAGGUAG